GCGAUUUUCGCGCCAUUGCAGUUACUCGCGCAACAUGGCGUCACGCACAGCGCGCGGCAAAAUCUGCGCGCCCUAGUCAAAAUAAGACUGACGAUGACUUGAUGACUUAUGUGAUAUCUGUGACUGUGAUGACUAAAUGACUUUGACUAUGACUUACAGUGACCGUUACACUAUGACUGGAUUGACUAAAGUUACCAAGAGGAAGUGGAGAUACCCUGGAGAGUCGAACAGAUGAAAUUAAAUUCCCAACUACAAGUGCCCUUCGCCAGUCCCCUCUUCUCGAGCAGUGCCCACUACGCGGCCCACCUAAAUGUCCACCAGCGUCCAAGAGAUAUCGUACCCACGAUGGCACCUGCAACAACUUAAACCGCCCAAGAUGGGGCUCAACCAUGACUCCAGUUCAGCGUUUCCUUCCACCAGUGUACUCAGACGGCAUACAAGCCCCAAGGAGAUCUGUCUUCGGCUCUCUCCUACCAUCAGCCCGUGAGAUCAGCGCGUUAGUGCACGAAGAUCAAAACGUAGAAAACCCAGGAAUUACACACUUGCUAAUGCAAUGGGGUCAAUUUUUAGACCAUGAUAUGGUAUCGUCGUCACAAUCAAGAGGGUUUAAUGGAUCUGUCCCAAGAUGCUGCAAAGAUGGUGGAAGGGAUUUCAUUCCUAAGGAAUUUUUGCAUCCUGAAUGCUUUCCUAUAGCUGUACCCCUUUCGGAUCCCUUUUACGGACCUCGUGGAGUGAGAUGUCUGGACUUCAUCAGGUCUUCACCAGCACCUCAGGAAGACUGCCGAAUUGGCUGGCGUGAGCAGAUCAAUCAGGUGUCAGCGUACAUCGACGGAUCUCCGCUGUAUGCAAGCUCAGCAAGGCAGUCCGACAAAUUACGAUUGUUUAGAAAUGGUAUGCUUCAAUAUGGGCGAGUACAACAACGGCGCCCUCUACUGCCCACGGAAAGACGGGAUGAAUUGUGCAGAGGCGGAGCUCUGUCUGCUGACUGCUUCAAGUCUGGUGACGCCAGAGUCAAUGAGCAACCAGGCCUUGUCGCUGCUCACAUUGUGUGGUUACGACAACACAACAGAAUGGCAACAGAACUGGCUCACUUAAAUCCACACUGGAGUGAUGAGAAAAUAUACCAGGAGACAAGAAAAAUUAUUGGCGCUAUGAUCCAACAUAUCACUUAUCGAGAGUUUUUGCCGAUUAUAUUAGGUCCGGAGGUGAUGAAUCUUUUCGAACUAGAGCCCCAGAAGAAAGGCUACUACCGAGGGUACAACCCCAAGAUCAAUCCAAGUCCAGCGAGUUCGUUUGCAUCAGCCGCCUUCCGCUUUGGCCACUCCCUGGUUCAACCUUCCAUGAUUCGCUUCGACCGCUUCCACAGACCCAUGGCUAAUAAUGUAUCACUUCAUGAUGAGCACACAAACCCAUCAAACAUCUGGAGUAUGGGUGCCGUAGAUCGUCUAAUGCUCGGUAUGAUGAACCAGCCCAUACAGAAACGGGAUGAGUUCAUCACGGAGGAACUAACCAAUCACCUAUUUCAAACAUCACACUUCGACUUCGGCAUGGAUCUUGCAGCAAUCAACAUACAGAGAGGGAGAGACCAUGGAGUACCACCAUACACGUCUUGGCGGGAGCCUUGUGGUCUAUCAACCAUUGAAAACUUCGAUGAUCUGUCAAGAAUAAUGCCGGCAAGAGUUGUGCGGAAAAUGAAGGCUUUAUACAAGAACGUGGAUGACAUUGACCUCUUCACUGGAGGAAUGUCUGAACGGCCUGUAAUCGGGGGUCUGGUUGGACCAACUUUUGCGUGUAUUAUCGCUCAACAAUUCUCAAAUUUACGUAAAGGUGAUCGGUUCUGGUAUGAAAAUGGUGGCAGUGAGUCGUCAUUCACACCAGCACAAUUACAACAAAUAAGACGAAUUUCACUAGCACAAGUACUAUGUCGUACGCUUGACACGAUUGACAGCAUCCAACCUUUUGUUUUCCUUUCUCCUGACAACCCUGACAAUAACAGAAUUUCCUGCUUCAACAAUCACCUGGACAAUUUUGACCUCUCCGCGUGGGUAGAAAUUAUUUCGAAUAAUGAAGUAAGAAAAGCUAACGAAGAUCCUUCGACUACGUCGAAGCCAAUAAGAUCAAAACCAUCCACCUCAAUCCCUAUAACGACAACUAAAAAGCAAAAGAUUACGCCAAAUCAUUUAUCUCUUAAAACACAUCUGGGAAAUGACGAGACUAAAAUUAAAAAACAGACUCAUGUACUUAAUUUGACUGACUCAACGACUAAUGACACUGAUACCGUUAAAGAUGUAACGCUGAUGGGUAUUGACGACAAACUUGACUUUAGAAAUAAAACUAAAAGAUUUAAUGACGAUGAUAUCAACAUACGACGCAGUCCUAAUAAACAAUAUGGAUAUAAUGAUAACGUGCAAACUGCACAAUCUGUUGUAAUCAAUAACUUGCCACAAAGACCAAAUAGACCGUACUUAUCUGUGACUGAAAACAUCGACAAAUAUACUUACCUCAUCAAUUAUGUACCAAGAACAACUCCGUCUUGGCGGCAGACGACUAGACGAAACUAUGACAGAGAUGUAGUUAAAGUGACUUACCAGACUUAUGACGAUACUUACAGACGACCUAAUAGACCAUACUUUAAUAGGGGUGACUUAGACCAUGACUAUGAAUCUAGGAAUAACGCACGAGUUGUUACUGAAGUUCAAUCUUCAGCUAGAUCCAAUGAAGACUUUAUUACGACUCGAAUAACUGAUAGACCUGUGACUCUGACUGAAAAAACUCCAAACUUUGACUCGACGACAGAAAACUUAUACAAAUUACUGACUUUUGGCUAUGUAGGUUCUUACAGGGGUGACUUGACAGAAAAAAAUAUAAGAAAGGACUUUAAUGAUGACAAAGUAAGUAAAGAUUUUGCUACUAGUAAUGAAAGGCAAGAUGCGGUGACUGACAAUGGUGUGAAUGCUGGAAAAUUAUCAACCUUUUUCCUACAUGAAACUGCAACCCGACCCUUUAAUUCCCAACGUCCAACAAGACAUAAUAAUGACGAAAUGACUCAAAAUACUAAAACUAAAUACUAUUACAUAGACAACGUAUUGAAGAAAUACUCUGAUAAUGAAAGCCUCCCAAAAGAAAAUCAUUUGACUAAAAAAAACGAAACGAUCAAAGAAAAUAUAGAAGAACGUUCCGUCCCAAAGAAAAUUGCUGCUUUAGAUGAUAAUAAGACUGAUAGAUCCAGAGAAAGAGAAAAGAAACCGAUGAAUUCUGCGAAAACUCCUUCCGUGACGUUCGAUAUAAUUCCUAGUGAGAGCAGUCCAACCCAAUGGGCAGUUUACGAAGAAAAGGACGAGUUAAUCGAUCCCCUUCAUAACUGGAUGCCGGCUGUUAAGACGGACCCUCUUUCUCUUAGAGAGCUGCCACGCCCAAUGGACUUCUCUGGAAAAAGACGUUUAGGAAGACAAUAAAAUCAUUGAAUUAUAUUUAUUGAACAUAUUUGUAGGUAUGCACAGGUUAGGUGAAUAUAAAUUAAAGAUAUUGUAAAUUGCGCGGAAAAGUGUGGAUUUUAAAAGACAAUUACUGCUUUAUGAUGAUGACUGACUGUGACUGCAAACUUUUGACUGAUAACUUAUAACGGGGCUAUUAUUUUAUUAUUAAUUUUAAUUGGUAUAUUUCUAAAUUUUGGAUAUUCCAAGACGUUUGACGUGUAUGUUUUAAACUGGAGUAUGCCUAUUUAAUUUAUUGAUUAACGACUUAUGAUCAACCAAUUGGGAGGAUAUAAUGACACUUGAUGACUUGGGUACUGGGAGACUGACGAAUUUUACCUUACCUUAACUGUAUUAGCGACUAAAUAUUAUGGAUGACUUUAACAGACUAUUUUAUUAUGACAUUUGAUUUUUAUUUUCUUUAAAAGCCUGACUGAAUAAUAUUAGUAUUAUUGGAAAAUAUAAUUUAUAAUAAGUGGUAACUUAUACCAAGUUUUAAAUUGCAAUUAACAUGCAUUUAAGUGUAACAAUUACAGAUUAGACUAUUUAUGAAUAGAACCACCGAACCUAACUAUGAUAACUUGUCCCAUUAUUAAAAUAGUUUGUUUAAAAAAAACUAGUUUUUUCAAUAACAUUUAUUGAAAACUAAUGUCUUAACAAUCAGAUCAUAUCAAUUUUAUUUCAGCUACAUAGACUGUCAUUUAUCUAGAACCUUAGACAUAUAAGUAUAUUAAACAAAAAUAAUACAAUAAA